AUGAGCGAUGGCCUCCUGACGGCGCUCUGGAAGACCGCCUCAGACCUCGGAGGGGGCGACUUCUUGUUUCUAUUCUAUCAUCUCUUUGGCGUGAAGGCCGGCGGGCAGAAGAAGGACCAAGAAUGGCCCGCAGAGGAUCGCGUCGACGCGGAGCAGGUCGAGGAGAAGCUCGAAGACCGGCUGCAACAGCAUGCUGCCAUCGACGUGGCUGGUGUCGGUGUGACGACACGAAAGGGUGCACCGGUGAACAUCGCCAUCUCUCUGUCCCGGAAAGGGGCCCACAAUGUCACGAGGAUCUGCAAUCUCGAAGCUUACGGCCUUGCUCCAGAGGCCUUGGGGGACGAGCUGAAGAAGAAGCUGAAUUGUACAGUUUACAUCGAAGACAUGCCUGGCAAGAACGUGAAAGAGAAGAUGCUGCAGCUGCAGGGUCACGUUGACCAGGAAUUCGCGCAGUUUUUGGAACAAAGGUAUGGGAUCACAAAGAAGUUCUUAGAGGUGAAGUGA